ACAGCUGUUUGCUAUAACCGGUACACAAACGAGAAUUCAGGUGAAUCCAGAGAUAAAUUUAGAGAUUUUUUGCGGAAACAAAGGCGAAACAAAGCAACAAUGAACAUGUCUGAGGCAAUUGGACAACCGGAUCAACUCGAGUUUGCCGGAAAUAUGUUGGAGAGACACGAAUAUCAGGAUCAAAAACCAUCAAUUCUCGAGAUAACGGGUGUCAUGCAACAUGGAAUGGCAACAGCAAGCGGAUUAAACGAUUAUGAUUACCAAAAUUUGACGAGCCUCUCCGGCGGAAUGAAGAAUUUGAAUCAAAUUGCGACUGUGAACAAAGUUCCCAUACCAAAUGAGAUUAUGGAGCAUUUCAAACACAUCAAAUGUCAUUGCAUGAUGGGACUUUUUCCUGAAAUAGGACGUGCUUGGUUGACAAUCGAUUCAGACAUUUACAUUUGGACUUAUGAACAAUCCCGUGACGUCGCAUAUUUCGACGGAUUGAGCGAUUUAAUCGUUUCCGUUGGUCUCGUUCAACCCAAACCAAAUGUGUUCAUCAACGACGUCAAAUAUUUGCUCGUUCUCACAACUCCUGUCGAAAUUGUCGUACUUGGAGUAACGUUCGGGGAAGGAAACAAAAACGCCAUUAGUCCUACUCGAUCGUUUGCGAUGUACGAAGAGAUGCAAUUGCUCAACAAACCAAUUUUUGUACUAAAUACCGACAAUGUCCCGAUAAAUGUAAUUCAAGGAACUCGUGAUGGAAGAAUAUUUCUCGGCGGAAAAGAUGGAUCUUUGUAUGAAAUCGCCUAUCAAGCUGAAUCAAAUUGGUUUGGAAAGCGUUGUAAGAAGAUAAAUCAUUCGCAAGGCUUGAUUUCGUACAUGGUUCCUGGAUUUUUGAAAAUUUUCUCGGAAGUUGAUCCUGUUUCGAAAAUUGCUGUCGAUGAUUCGCGUCAACUUUUAUAUGUACUUUCGGAAAAGGGAGCAAUUGAAGCAUGGGAUAUUGGGACAGAUUCAAACCAAAUGCGGAGAUUGGCGAGAGUUUCACAGAACGAAAUUGCGAAUAGUGCAAGCAAUAUCCUGAAAACAGUAGAUAACACAGUAUUUAAGCCCGUUACAGCUUUGUGUCCUUUAACGCAAGAUGAUUGCCCGAAUUUGCAUCUUUUGGCAAUUUCUCAUAGCGGAGUCAGAUUUUACUUUUCGACAUCGACAUUAAUGGUAAAUCCAGCAAAUUCUCAACCGACUCCCGAACAACGUCAUCAUGGAUUGUAUUUGAUGCAUGUUCGACUUCCGCCCGGAUAUACGCCAAAUACGACAGUUGGAAAGCCGAAACAAGUUCACAGUGCAUUUUACAAAGAUGGAUCUUUGUUGAUGGUAUCGACGCCGACUCAAGAUCAAGACUUACUUUUCUCCCUGAGCUCCGAACCUUUUCCCUUCAGACAAUUUUUGGCAGAAUCCUCGACUGUUAUUCCCUUAGAUGGGCAAGUUUGGGCAGUUGCAGAGACCCGAACACGUCAAAGUUGCGUCAUUAGUCAAAUUCGUCAAGCACAAACUCCGCGGAAAAUUGUUUUGCUCACGAAUCAAGGAGCUCAUAUCGUCGCGUUGCUCAAACCCGUCGAUUUAUUGCAACAACUUCUCAUCGCGUGUCACGGGCCUCAUCAUGAAGCAGUCAAAGCCUACUUUCAAGCACAAACAGAACCUCAAGCAUGUGCAACGUCACUCGCUUUGGCAUGCAUGGAACAAGUUCGCGGUACAGAAGUCGUUCAAUGGGCAACACAAGCGUUCUUGCUGUACGGCGGAGAACCUCAUUUUGGCGUCGCGCCGCGUUAUAAUCAACCAAUAAUGCAACAGCAGCAGCAACAAGCACAAUUUAUGGAUCAAACGAUGGUUCAAUCGAAUCAAAAUAGCCCGCCAAAGAUGUACAUGAGCACUCCUUUCCCCGGAAAUCAACGCCCUGCAUCGCAAGUUCAACAAAGUUUGAUGCAACAAACGCAAUUUCCCGCAUCGCCAAUACAUAAUUCUUCCUUUGGCGGGCAACAAAUGCCUGUGUCGCCGCAAAUUUCGGCAAUUCAACAGCAACAGGAUCAGAGUAACUUGAAUUACAGCGCGAAACAUGCGGGACUUUAUUUGCACAUUUCGCGAAUGAUGAGACUCGUUUGGAAGAGACGUUGUAUCAAUCAGAAUUUGACGAGUGCGUUGAGUCAACAAGAAUGCGGAGAGCUUUUGCAAGACUUGUAUGCGAUAAGAGCAUUUUUGGAGAUUAAUUCUGUCAGUCAUUUGAUUGGUCUCAUCAAAUUGAACUCCCAUGGACAAAAUACCGUUAAUUCGAUUCAAUCGAGCAUGUAUGGCGGCACAACGUUCCCCACACACUCCCAAACUCUCGGAAAUUUGCAGAAAAAGUCAGCUGAAGAAGCUCAAGCGGAAGAAAGAAAAUCUUUGGAAGCCUUAAAUCGCUUCAUUCGUCAUGCAACUGAAGUCGUCGCUCUUUGGAAAAUUUUAACUGAACAUCAAUUCCAUAUCCUCAUCGCUCAACUUCCGCAAGAACAACAACACAUCCUUGCUGCUUGCACUUUUCGUGACUUAAUCUUGCAUCGUGCGGAUAUCUGUGCCGUUUUAAUCGUAACUUUGAUCAACACUUAUUUGAACGACAGUGCAAGUGUGAGUUCAAUUUCCUCCAAAUUACGCGAUGUUUGCCCGUCGUUAUAUCGUCACGAAGAUGCUGUAAGUCACAAAGCCACGGAAAUUCUCAUGUUGAGCAAAAAUUGCACGGAUUACGACGAAAAAGAGGAACGUUUACGCACAGCUUUGCAAUUAUGCAAAAGUGCAGCUCCGAAAUUGCCUCUCACGAACAUUUGUCAACAAUUUACGCUGUCGUCGUUUUAUCAAGGCGUUAUUGAACUUGUUGCUACAUGCGCUCAAAAAGUCGAUCCGCAAGAAAUUGCCUUUCAUUAUUACAAAAAUGGCGAACCAGUUGAGGAUCAAGAAGGUUUCAUCGCUUAUAACACUCGUCGCGAAUUUUAUCACGAAGUCAAGGAGAUGCUCGAGACAGUUUAUCAAAACUUAUGCAAUGCGAAUGUUACUGUUGAUAUGACACGCGGCACAGGAAUGACCGAAGAACAAGAUCGAAGCAUCAAAAAUCAAGUUUUAAAAAUUGUUCGUUAUGCGCUUCAAUGUCCCGAUAAACUUUUGCAUAACGCAGUUUACGAAUGGCUUCUCAAUCGUGAUUUGUUGUCAGAACUUCUUGGCUUGUCUGAGCAAAGUUUGGGCGAAUUUUUAUCAAGAUCCGUACAAAGAGCUCCCGAAAACCUCAAAUUAUCGGAUUUGCUGUGGAAAUAUCACGAGAGAAAUGGACAACAUGCAGCUGCGGCACGCAUUUUGGAUAAUUUGGCAUCGAGUGAAACGGAAACGAUUGACUUGCAACAACGUAUUGAGUAUUUAGCACGUGCCAUAAUGUGCAUGAGAAGCGAAUCUGUAGGAGCAUCUGCUCAAAAUGGCGUCUUAUUGAAGGAAUUGGAAGACAAAUUGGAAAUUGCACGAGUUCAAAAACAAAUUUUGGAUGCCGUGCAAACGUUUACAGCAACAAAUAACACAAAAGAUGCAAUUAGAAGUCUUAAUUCGAGUCUUUAUAAUAUGACUCAUCUUUAUUCCGACUUUUGUGAAGAUUUCGACUUAUGGGAAUGCAAAUUAACGAUUUUAAAUUGCUCACAUCAUAACGAUCCGCUCUUAAUUGAGUCUGUUUGGACCAAAAUUCUUGAUAAGGAACUCCAAUUGCCCGAAACGAACACAGAAAAAGUCAAGCACAUGUUGUCAAAAGUUCAAACUUUAGCUGCUGAAUAUUUCAAUGGAGGACAUUGCUUCCCAUUACCUUUUAUUGUUCGUGAAUUGGAAGUUCGUUGUUUCAAAUUGCGUGUUUAUGAUUCGCCUGUACCGGAAGCUCUUCUCGCGAUGAACAUCGAUAUUGAUUCUUUGUUGGAAAUUUAUGCCAGUAUGGUUUCCAUGAACGAGCGUGUUUGGGCAACAGAAGAUGAUGAACUUUAUCUCGUGCGUUCGACAACAAAGUUACUUUCGAUUCUCGCCGCUCAACCAAAUCUGAUACAUCCGAAGAACAGACGUCGUAUGGUAGCAAAGUCGCAAGAUUUGAUCUCGGCGUGCUUGAAUCUUUUGUACACGAAGCCAAAUACCGAUGAAUACAUCAAUAGUUUGCGGGAAAUUCAGGUUAAAUUGCAACGAAUCAUUUGAAAAGUGUCAUAUUCUUAUUUUUAUCGAGAUGAAAGUUGAAAACGUAUGCAAGUUAUAUUAAAAUAUUAAGUACUGAUUAUUUUUUUGAUGUUUAAAUAAAGUUAAUUUACUAAA